AUGCGAGAAGCUCGACCGGAUACUGCUGGCCCGGACGCCGGCCCUGAAUCUCCCUGUCCUGUCCGACUCUCAGGCAAAAUUAUCUCAGGCUUCGGUCGCGGCAGCAAAGAACUCGGCAUCCCCACCGCCAAUAUCCCCACCGAGGGGUUACCCGAGUUCAUAGAGAGCGGCAUAUAUUACGGCUGGGCAGGGCUACAAUCGUCUGAAUGCGGUUCAUCCAGCGACAAGGGCGAUGCUGUCUUUCCGAUGGUAAUGAGCGUCGGCUGGAAUCCGUUCUAUAAGAAUACGGUCCGCAGCGUGGAGGUACACAUUAUUCAUAAGUUCCCGCAGGACUUCUACGGUGCACACUUGAAUUUGUUGAUAAUGGGAUAUAUUCGACCUGAGUUCGAUUACAUCUCCAAGGAGGCUUUGAUCGAGGAUAUAAACAAGGAUAUUGACAUUGCGAUCAAAUCGCUCGAGAGGCCGCCCUAUGCCGCGCUGAGGGAAGAAAGCUACUUGAUCACCUUCCCAGAACAGAGCUAA